AUGUUAUUCACAAGAAGUAGCCGCUUAUUUGAGACCAACGUAGGAUCACUCGCGCGCAUCGGCCCCAACGACCUCCUCGACGACGAUCCGGAGCUCUUGAAGCGCAUGCUCGCCGUGCGUAGCGAAUACCGUCGUUCGGACUGGUACGACGCCAUGCGCUUCAACCCGGCCAAGAACAACAUCUUGUCGUCGAGGAAUGAGGAUGACCACUCCAAGCUGCGGUCCAAAAUGGCGGCUGGUUACUCUGGCCGUGAGGUAGAAAACCUUGAAACCAAGAUAGACGAAAACCUAUCGCGGCUUUUUACGCUAAUCGAAAGGUACAUCGAUGCGGACAAACCGUUGGACUUUGGCCGCAAGGCGCAGUUCUUCACCCUGGACGUCAUCUCGGACCUCGCUUUUGGAAAGCCGUUAGGCUUCAUGGAAACCGACUCGGAUGUGUACGAUUACAUCAGGACGACGGAAGAGAGUCUGCCAAUGCUCAUGGUGUCAACCGUUUACCCUUGGGUCGUUCGCCUGUUCGGCUCGCCCCUGUUCCGGGCACUGCUGCCGUCGGAGAAGGACCGGCUAGGGUUCGGAAAGGUGAUGGGAAUCGCCAAGAAGCAGGCCGCUGAGCGCUUCGGGCCCGACAAGACGGUUCAGAGGGAUAUGUUGGGCUCCUUCGUCGCGCAUGGCUUGACACAGGAGGAAGUCGAAUCAGAGAUCAUCCUCCAAAUGUAG